UGCAACGCUUGCCUCGCCGUCACUAAGCAACCAGCAUGUAAACAAGAUGGCGCCCUGGUUCUGAGCGUCCUGUUUCCCGGCAGCGAACAGCUGAGAGUAACAUUGGAGCAGCUGCCCCGGGGGUGGCACAUCGGCUCUCGGGUGAAAGAUGGCGCUAGUGGUGCUCAGUCCGGGGUUUCGAGAAGAGUUCAACUCUGGAAGCCCACGGGAGCUGGAGCACGAUGAGGGAAAUACUGAGAGAUGGAGAGCUCCCAGCCCUGCCAACAGCUCCGACUCAGGGGACUCUCUCAGUGACAGCGAGCUGGGUGAGAAAGACAUGUCAGCGAUGGAGACAGAGUCUGAUGGAGUGUUGCAAGAAGAGGCUGUCUCAGAGGGGCUGUCAGUGCUGGGUCGAUCUGCCACAGGUUCAGAACAUGUCUACUUGAAUCUUACCCUUGUUAAUCGUAGCCUGAGAAACAUUCAGAUUCUCUGUGGGUACAGCCACCUUCAGAAGUUGGAUAUUUCCCAUAAUGAGAUCAGUGACUUGUCUUGUGUGAGCUUCAUGACAUACCUCACUGAACUGAAUGCCUCUAACAAUAGGCUAAGCACGUUCUUUGAUUUCGUACCACCUAAAAAUCUUAUGGUGGUGGAUCUUUCUUAUAAUCAAUUAACACACAUGGCAGAUUUAUCUGCACACAAGGCUCUGACAAAGCUCAUUUUGAACAAUAAUAACAUAGGAGAGAUCAGUGGCCUAGACAAAUGCAGCAGUUUGACACAUCUAAACCUGGCUCACAACAGGAUCAACAAUAUAAGUGUCUUUGGAAAAUUACCACUUAAGGAGUUAUAUCUGAAUUCAAAUUAUAUUAAGAACAUCUCUGGCUUGGAGGAUCUAAAAUCUUUACAAAUACUCGACCUGUCCUGUAACCAGAUUUCUAACCUAGAAGGGCUGGAAGGACUCACCUAUCUCCUGUCUCUCAACCUAGAGGAUAAUGAAAUCUGUCAAAUUAGUGAAAUUACCUACAUUGAAGAACUCCCGCUACUACAUGUGCUAAAUCUGUUAAAGAAUCCAGUUCAGGAGCAACCAGAAUACUGGCUGUCUGUCCUUUUUAUGCUGCAGAAGCUAACUGAGCUGGAUCUGAAAAAGAUUAAAAUAGAAGAAAAGGUGGCAUCAGUGAAUAAGUAUGACCCACCCCCUGAAGUGAUUGCCACUCGAGAUCAUAUGGCCAAUGUUAUGUACAGUAUGAUCCAGCCUCAGAAGGUAUUUGACAGUACAUUACCAAAUAUAGAUACUCCAUAUCCUAUGUUAGUACUUACUGGACCUCAAUCGUGUGGAAAGAGAGAGCUUGCACAUAGAAUGUGCAGGGAAUUUAAAGAGUUCUUCCGAUAUGGGCCAUGCCACACUACCAGGAAUCCAUACUUUGGAGAAGAGAAGCGAUUUGAUUAUCACUUUGUGACACCAGAGGCAUUUGAAGAUAUGACCUGCUCGGGCCAGUUUCUUCUGACUAUGAAGUACAGCGGACACUACUAUGGAUUAAGCAGAGAAGCAGUAGAAUCAGUUGCCAGAGAAGGUCUUGCUUGCUGCACCCACAUGGAGAUUGAGGGCGUGAGAAGCUUAAAGAACUGUCACUUUCAACCACGCUACAUCUUACUUGUGCCCAUGAAUAAAGAAAAAUAUGAAGGUUGGCUGAGAAGAAAAGGCUUGUUCACUAGACCAGAGAUAGACGCUGCUGUGUCCAGAGUGGAUAUGUACCUUAAGAUAAACCAGGAAUUCCUAGGUUUUUUCGAUGCUGUUAUCAAUACAGAUGACUUAGAUGAAGCUUACUCCUCACUAAGAUUACUUGUUAAGGAAUACUUGGGUCUAACUGAUCCUGCCCAGUCAAGUCAAACUGUUGGCGGUACCAAAUCAGGAACAGAUUCAGGAAAAUCAUCAACUGGAUCAUUGCCAGCUAAACCCACACAGCCUGAACCCUCCAAUGACCUUCUUGAUUCUGCCACCAGAAACUACUCCAGCAGAGCAUCAGCAAAGCUGUUCUUACAGAAAAGCCCUGUGGAAGAAGCUUCCGUACAGAGGCGUCAACAGGCAGCACGACAGGCUUUAGCAGGGAAGAGCCCAGGCACCUACACCCAACUGUUUCAGAGAGGCCCUGUCACUGCUCCAGCAACUGUUGGCACACACCGUCGCCUAUUAGACCCUACAUCUUGUUCAUCAAUGCUACCAAGUGGAAGUAAUGUCACUGCUGAGCGCAGUUUUCCUCCAGCAAGUACUGAUACCAGUUCCAGAGAUUCUCGGCCUAGCUCUGGACUCUCACUACUCUCCUCCGCUGGAGCCUUUUCUGCAAGAAGAUCUUCCUCCCAGCCAACUCCUGUCAUUACUAUCCACUCUCCUCCAGAAGACAGAAUAGAACCACUAGAUCUAUCAGGCAUUAAGCAAGGAUCCGACAAUAUAUCAGAUCAUUGUGAGAAUGGAAAUACCCCUGAGACACCUCGGCUGCCUUCUGAUCACUCUGACACACAAACAGCCAAAUCAUCGGCCAGGCCCCCAGCUCAUACAAGUCGUCCAGGCUCCAACACUAAACCCAUUCUGCCCCCUAUUCCUUCAGGACGCAGGAAGUCUUCUACUUCCACAUGAUUUCAAAGAACAGUUCUGCCUGUUGUAUCAGGCUGGCUUGUAACAAUGUAUGGCGCAGCAUCAAAGCUAAUGGAAAAAUGUUGAUCAAAUUAAAAAAAAAUAUGUUCAACUGCAUGGAUGAGUGCUAGUGCAAAGCUUUAUCUGCCUCUCACCCCACUUAAUUUUAAAGAACUAAAAAUUAACUAAUUAAAUAGGCUGGAAAUGUACAUUUUGUUUUUGGCUUCUGUACCAGCCCAAGGCAACCACAGCCCUUUAGUAGGGAAGAUCUGUGCCCCCAAAGAUGCCCCAGUAGCUCCCCAUAUUCUUUUCUGCUGAUUCACUAUGUCCUCUGUGCUGCGGUCAGUUACUGAUCUUAGGGACCAACUCACAAUAUUCUGUAUAUAUAGAAUAUAAAUGUCACAAUAUAAAGCUCAUUAGUCAUUUAUUAAGGUUUUCAUUACAUAGCAGCACUAAACUAGUGCAAUUAGCAUUAAAAUGUAAUAAUCCACUCUGAAGAAUGUGUUUGUGAGAGGCCAGCUUCAUUUUCUGCUUUAUAAUCUGUAACGACCCCUAAACUUAGUUUCUCAACAGCUGCUCAGAGCGCACUGAAUAUUCAACAAAAUUCAAGAUGGGGAGCUCCUGUGCUUAACUUUAAAUAGCUGAAUCAUUAAUGUUAUAGUAACUUUAGGCUGGUGCAGUAAGUUCAAAAUAUAAAAUAUGGCAUUUCUAUCAAUACUUAUUUUUAAGUCUUUUAUGCAAUAUAUUUUGCUUGACCAUAUCUUGCACUAUUUUGUAUUUAAGAUGAAAUAUUAGUAUCAAUGGCUUUAGUGACUGUAGAAGUCCACAUUUUUUUCAAUGCCUGUACCACUGAGUGAAUAAAGUUACAUGUGCUUUGCUUUUUAUUAAUUUA